CACACACACUUGAUUCAGAGCAAAACAGACUCAAGGGUCCUUCUCUAGAGGUCUCUCUUUGGGAACUUUCCAAGAAAUUCUUCAGAUGAUUUUUACUCCAGAUCAUUGACUGCUCUCAGAUCUAGCUCUGCCAGAAAUUGAGGCAGUUUCCCAGGGAGCUGAGGCUAUAUCCAAGCCCAAAGUAAGAUCUUACUAACAUGCUCAUUAUAUGCUAAGAUCCUUGAACGGUGCAAUCAUGCCUUGGGCUACAACCACAAUAAUAAUUUGUUCAACAAUUUUCUUUGAUUGCCACUAUCAAGCCAGCUGUAAAGCAAGUAGAGAAUCUUCACAAAAGAUAAUCCCCAGUGUCAUGGAGGAUGUACUGUCCAGAUUUCAAAUAAAAAAGGGAUUUGGUCCUCUGGGUGUUUCUGUAUAUAGAUGACAGUGGGCUAAUUUCAAGUUCUAGGAUACUAUAGGGCAGUCCAAAAAACUGAACACCCUAGUAAUCCACACAGGAAAAACCAAAGGGAUGAAAAACGGCUGUUGCUCAGACAUUAUAACACAAAUUAGGUCUGUAUUUUAUGAAGCCUACUAUUUCUUUUGGGUCUAUUACCUGAUUUCCCUCGGCUCUCACCCAUAAUCUAAUAAGGAGGCCUACCUCACCUUUAAAGUUCCUUCCAAAUGUUCAUUAACUCUUAAAUUGUUAGUCUCUUAAAGAAACAUUUGAGACAGCCCAAAGGGCUAAACUGUAACUCUGGGUUUCCCAACUCUAACACAAAGGGCAGGAGGGCAGUCUUUGAAAGGUUCCAAGCUCCUGGUUUUCCUGCCCACAAACAAUCUUUAUGGUCCCGGUGUGAUCUGAAUCUCCCAAAGCUGCUAGCCCACACUUGUAGGCUGUAGCCAAUCAUCUGCCCCACCUCAUUCCAGCCUCGAGGUCUGGGUGUCGAGGGUCUGGGAAGUUGUGACAGGGGGUGUAACCACUGGAACGCAGCCCCAGCAAAUAGCAGCACCACGUCGGGGGCGGGCCAACGACGUGAGCAAAUGCUCCCUUUCAUUCCGCCAAUCAGGACUGCCCGCAGGGCGGAGCUGAGGUCUACCUGGGUGCAGGUAAGGAGGUCUCCCUCCUCUUGGCAGUGGAAAGCCUGGAGUUCGAGAUAUGGUUCGGAACCAGGCGGCCCUAGGGGAAGAAAUGGCUGGGGCCGCGCUCCCGAUGGAACCGCUCCAGAAUCAAGUCCAAGAGCCGGAGAAGCUGGGUUCCCCGGAGCAGCAGGUCGCCGGGGAACAGCGGCCGGAGCCCCCGGAGAAGCCCGUUGGGGACCCCCAGGGGCCAAAGGAACCGGCAGCUGUGGCGAGCCUAGCUCGAACCCGGGAUCCCUCGGGCGAGAAGACGCUGUCCCUGCGCCCUACCUUCCUCCGGGUGCCCCAGCCGAGCUUGGGUUACGGCUCUUUCCGCUGUCGGGGAUCUGCGAGCUCUGAGCAGCUUCAGGGCCGCGGGGAUCGGGAGGGGGCCCUGGCCCUGGUCCCGGUCUCGGCCCCGGCAGAAGCGCAACCCCGGGAGGGCGAGACGUCCACUGUGGGCGCCGCACGAGAGCCGGGCGAGGUGGGGUCGGGGGCCUGGGCGCCCGUGGAACUGCAGGUAGACGUGCGAGUGAAACCCGUGGGUGCGGCGGUUUCGGGGCUCUCUCCCUCUCCGGUGCCCGCCACCCGCUUUUUCUCGGUAUCCGUGCCUGACUCUCCCGCCUUCUCGCGCCAUUCCUCCUUCUCUCGCUCCGGGGUGCCCCGGACCCCUUCCCCUGGGAGCACGUGGGGGGGAAGUCCGCACCCCCUUGCCGGCUGGGCCGAUCGGUAUCGGGAGCAGGAGGGGCGGGCAAGCCCGGGACCCGUGCGGUCCGGGGAAUCUCCGUCGGGACUUCCCCGAUGUAGGUGCCGGGAGCUGGGGCUGGAGGACAAGGAAUGGGAGAAGCUACUGCCGGGAUGCGGGGCCGACGGAGACCAGCUACACCAAGUGAUCGCACGCAUAGGCCUGCCAACGUACAUGAAAUCCUUGCGCUGGGCUCUGGCUGUCCUGGCAGUGCUGCUGGCGGUGGCUGUGAUCACCAUCGUGGCCCUGGCUUCUCGAGUAGGAACAAAGUGCCGACCUUGUCCAGAAGGCUGGAUAUGGUCAGAAGAACACUGUUACUAUCAUUCGUUGGAGGUUCAAAGCUGGGAAGACAGCAAAGCUUUCUGCUCAGCCCAACAAGCGUCUCUCCCAGUAUUGAGCCAAACACAGGACUUCCUGAGCAGAUAUCCGAUCCAGAGAUUAUAUUGGGUGGGUCUACGUCGAGGCCCUGAAGGGUGGCAAUGGAUCAAUGGGGCUCCAUUGCCCCCUCAGCUGCUCCUAAAUGAAGAUGAAGACAGCCCUCAGAACCAGAACUGUGGGGGCUUGGAAGAAGGGAAGCUCAAAGCUUUAGAAUGUGCCUCCUCUCGACCCUGGAUCUGUGUCAGGGAGGCCAAAUGAUCUGCUCCCUCUUCAAGUCUAAAUCCAAAAGAAGUGGGCCAGGAAGGCAUCAUGGUAUUACAUAGACAAGGUCAGAUCGUGUGCUGAGGGGGGUUACGGUUUCUCAAUAUAAAUAUUUCUGUGAAACCUUGGCUUAGGGCCCAGAGACAAACCCUGAAAAACACAAAUUAUUCAUCGAAAACUCAGGUAGUAGACCUCCAGUCCUCAGCCAAGGGGAUCCUAUUUUGUGGGGUUAACGAAAACUGGUUUGUAGCCUGUGGAAUCUUAACUCUAAUUUUAAUCCAGCUUCUGAACUUUGCUCAGCCAGUGGCCACUUAGCAUUUCUGGGUCUGGCUCCUGUUCCCCUUAUUUCCAGCAUCAUAUAUGUACAUAAUUGCUUUAUUUUACUUACCAAGGGAGAAGGAGAAUUAAGGAGCCAAAUUCCUAUGCUGAUUGAACUGCCAGUUUUCAUUACAGUACACUGAACAACAGAUAAUGUUUAAAUUGCUUUGUUACAGUGACCUUUAAUUAUUGUGGCUGGCUACAUUGUUAGUUAUAUUUCAAGUCUACAGAGGUUACAGAUGAAUUCUAAACCCAGUUGGGAAACAGAAUACAACUUCAGGUGGGCUAUGGAAAAGGAUGUAACAGUACAUAAAUGAGUGUUUAUUAGAAAUCACAGUAACCAUGGAAAGCUAGAUGGUGCAGGGAAUAAAGCACCAGCACUGGAAUCCAGAGGACCAGAGUUCAAAUCCAACUUCAGAUCCUAGACAUUUACUGUGGUACUCCAGGCAAAUCACUUAACCCUAAUUGUCUUGCUCCCUCCCUUUCCUUCCUCUUUCCUCUUCCCUACCUCAAAAAAAAGAAACCAAGGUAACCAGGAAGACCACCAGGAUUGCUAAAUAGGUGCUGGAGGCAAUCUCUAAAGCAGUGAUUCUUAUCAUAGGAAAAUAUUAUCUUGUAAAACUUGCUAUUAUAAGUCCUUACUUCUUAAAAUCAUUAAAGAUAUACUUCAAAAAGUCUCCUUUUCCCUCUCUGCUUUCCACUAAUUUUUUUUUUCUCUUUUUCUCUUCUAAAGCCGAAACAUGUAAUAGUUGAAAUUAGUAUAAUACUUGACUUUAACAAUAGAGUUGGGUUCAAGCCCUGGAUUUCAUUGGCUGAAUGGCAAAUUGAUUGACCUUUCCAGGGCUCAGUUUCCUACUCUGCUGAAAAAAUAAAGGUGGGAAUAGGUGGGUGGGUAGACUACAUGAUAUUUGGGGUUCCUUACACCUCUGUAAAUUCAUGAAUUAGUGCUAACCCCAAUUACUUUGACUAGGAAUUUAUUCCUGUGUCAUGGGCUAACCAGAUUUUUCUUAAAUUGCUUGGGUUUUUUUUUCAAGGUCAACUUCUCUAUACAGCAGCUUGUAUAUAUUGUAGCCCCUAAACUUUGCUGUUCAAGAUGUUGUAAAGAAGUGGGACAGACAGGAGGACCCGAGUUCAAAUCUGACCUCAGACACUUAAGACUUCCUAGCUGUGUGACCCUGGGCAAGUCACUUGACCCCAAUUGCCUCAACAACAACAAAGUGAGAGACGGGACAUAAAAGCACCACAGUUAUCAGGAAGUAGCUGAGUGACAAGAAGGAGAAAUGAAAGAUGCCAUUGAGAACUGAAGGAAAACUUAUUUCUGCUAUGGGUACUACCAUCCUCCAAGGUCUGGAGAUCUCAACUUGGGUCACCUCUGACUCAAUUCUCCUUAUUACAAUGGAAUGAGUAGCCAAGUUUUGUUUCUAUACUCCAUAAUACUUCCUACACCAUCUGCUCCCUUGUGGCCAUCACCCUCAUUACUUCUAAGUGUCUCCCUGACUCCAGUUUUCUCUCCCCCACAAUCUUUCUUUGAUUUAGUUUCCAAAGUGAUGCUUCUAAGGGAGAGGUCUGACCAUAUCACUUUUCUGCUCAGAAAGCUUCAGAAUCUGCUCACUACGGCCUUAAAGAUAAAGUGUAGACUUCUUAUUUGGCAAUCAGAUCCUUCACAAUCUGCCAAAUCUAUAUCCAGAUUUUUUUAUAAUUGGUUCUUCUACGAAUACUCUAAAAUAAACCAUUUGCUAUUCCCCAUAUUCUAUCUUCAGGUUAUAUAUCAUUGCAUUGUCCCCUUAUACCUGGAAUGUACUUUCUCCUCACUUAGACUUCUUAAGAGUCCUCAUCUCCCUGGGGCAGCUUGAUGGCACAAUGGAUAGAGCACAGCCCUGCGGUUAGGAGGAUCUGAGUUCACAUCCAGCCUUGGACACUUAAAACUUCCUAGCUGUGUGACCCUGGGCAAGUCACUUGACCUUAAUUGCCUCAGCAAAAAAAAAAAAAAAAUCCUAAUCGCCUUUCAAAGCUCACCUCAAGUUCCAUCUCCUACUUGAGGCCUUUCCUACUCCUUCUCAACUAUCAAAUGUUCUGGAAAUUAUUUUGUAUUUAUAUACAUGUGACACAUUGCUUUUCCCUAAAAGACUAAGUUCUGUGAGGGCAGGGACUGUUUCUUUUUUGUCUUUGUAUUUCCACUACUGCCACAUAACAUAAUAAAAUGCUUGUUAAUCUAUCAA